AUGGAAAAUCUUUCUCAGAUAGUACAGGGUGAUGCUAAUAAUUUUUUAAUAGAAUCUACAGAUAAAAAUAGUGAUGCAAUGAAUAAGUCUAGACCAUUUAUAUGCCAUGUUUGUACAAGGGCCUUUAUUCGCCAAGAACAUUUAAAGAGACAUAUGAGGUCUCAUACCAAUGAAAAACCGUUUCUUUGUAUCUUUUGUGGUAGAUGUUUUGCAAGAAGAGACCUUGUCCUUAGACACCAACAGAAAUUACACGCCACUCUAAUAGGAACUUCUGAACAUCAUUAUUUAUUAAGCAAAUACCAUAAUGAUGAAAAUAUUAUGGAUAAAAUCGAACCGACAAGACAUGUCAUUAAGAUUGAAGGUAAUAAACAACCAAUUUUACCUACGCCUGCAAAUCCUAUGGCUAAGUCACAAUCACAAUUAAGAAAAGCAGCUAAAUUAGCAGAGAAGGAAGCAAAAAAAAUGGAUAAACUACAGAAGAAACAAGCUAAAUUAAACAGUAAAAGGGGCAGAAAAAGAAAUUUAUCACAUAAAGUUUUUGAAUCAACUUCCAACUCAAAUCUACAUUUGGAUGUUCCAAAUAACCAAUAUACAGAUCAGUCACCAAAUAGUGACAUAUCACCCAGCAGUGAGAAUCUUGACAAUGACUUUACUGUUUCGAUGCCAAAUAACAAUUACAAAAAAUCACAAUCACAAGUGAGACAAAGACAUGCAUCGUUUUCUGCAACUAGUGCAUUUUGCUACAAGGCACAAAAUGAACUUCCUACGGGGAAACAAUUGCAAGAUGACCUUGCACUUAUGAGUGGAAUACCUCAUCAAGUUGGAUUCUCAACCCCACAAAUGACUGCCAGUGAUUUGGUUGAUAAAGCUCAUGAAAAUGGUAUCGAGAACAUUCCAUUUUUUACACUGAACAAUGACGAUAAUAAAAAUACAGUAAAUUUUAAAGAUAUAUUUUUUCAAAAUAGUAUCUCGAACAAACAGUCUAGUGAAAUUGGAACAUACGACGAUACAACAAAAAACUCAUACUCCAAAAAUCAAAUAAAACAUUCUCGUGAUGAAAAUUUAGCAGCAUUUGAUAAUGUACCAUUUUUAGCUGAUUUCCUAACUAUAUCUUCUUCUGCUGGUGGUGUUGGUGGGUUUUUAAAUAAUCAAAUCAAAAGAAACAAUAAUGUUACUAACCUUAACAACAAUAUGGACCAAAAUAACAAGAAUAAUUUAUCAAUCAAUCUGGAUAACCAAUUUAAUAGUUUAAAUUUUGAAACAAAUACAGUCAAUAAUUUAGAGUACUUCCAAUACGAUGAUAAGCAUUUAAGUUAUUAUACCACUGACACAGAAACAUCGUCUACAAGCAAUACUUCGUCAAGAGAUGAAUCACAAAUUUCUAUAGACAGUCAGAUUAUAUCAAAUUCUACCACACCAUCUAUUCAUCAAAACAAUAAGACUAGUAAUAAUAAAGAUAAUUUUGACUUAUGCCAAUGUAAUCAAACUACACAAGCUCCUAAUUUAAUUAAUGAAUACCAAUACCCAAACAAUAGAAACAAUACGCAAGACUUGAGUACACUAUCGACUACAGCAGAGAAAGUUUUGUCUAAAUUUAUAACACAUGUACCAGUUGAAUCCGACUUUUUAGAUCAUAUAGAUUCUCAACAUUUUAACGAUAUUGGAUUCGCUAAUAUACAUGAUCAUGUGUAUCCAAUGAAAAUCCGUGAAGAUAUUGAACAUAUGCCAAAAGACAUUUCAAACGUCCCCACAUCAUUAUCUACAGAAUCGCUGUUCCAUUUCAAUAAUAAUAGUAAUACAAAGAGUAACACACCUUCUGGAUAUAAAGCUUCACCAGAUUUGAGUAAUUCACUUUUUUCUAGAUUACCUUCAGAACAAUAUGAUAACACUAACAUACCCAAUUUUAUAGAGAAUAGUACAUCAAUAAACCAAGCAUUUGAUAAAGGGUUAUCAGUACCUCAUGAUCAAGCGGUAACAUCUCUUGAUUCAAUGAAUGAAAGAAAUAACAACAACAUACUCAAACCAAUAGUAAAAGAUAAUUUUAAGCAAGAUCCAAUUAUUCAACAACCAGUUUCUUAUUUAGAUUCUAAACAAAAUAUCACUAACCAAUCUAACAACUAUACUAAUAAAUCUAAUCCAAAUUCUAUUGUAAGCGAAUCUGAUGACAAUCGGCUUACAAUUGAUUUUUCACCAUCUUAUAUUCCAAAGCACUACCAAAAUUUUACACCUGUUCAAUCUAAUAGUCAAACGCCUCCUAAACCCAACUCUCAAUCUAUUUCUCAGAAUCAGUCCCCUGACUCAUCGUUACGAGUGUUUAAUACUCCUGCAAAUUCACAGUCUCAAUAUACAGAAACGAACUUAGAUCAUCAACUGGACUUUGUGAACUUAUUUCAAUCAAGACAAGUUGAUCUUUAUAAUAAUCAUCACAGUUUUUCCAAUUUUGCCAGCGUAUUUUCAUUAAAUAACUUGAAGGAUUCUUUUCCAAAUGAAACCAUUAAUUAUGAAAAAUUUAUCAAUAAUACUAAUUUUGAUGACAAAACAUACCGUGUAGUUCUAUUUUCAGACAAAUAUCGUGACGAGAUUAUACGUUUGAAUAAUUUAAAGCCAAAUCAAUUUCCAACAACAGAAGAAUUGAAUUCAUAUGUUAAUUUAUAUCAAGAUGAAUUUCAUAAAUUUUCUCCUUUCAUUCAUCUACACAGUAUUAUUCCAACCAAAGAAAACUAUCCACUACUAUUAUGUAUUGCAAUGAUAGGCGCCUUGUAUUCAUUUCAUUCUAUUCAUUCAGUUUUAUUAUCAAAUCUUGCAUGGUUUCAAAUUAGAAAUUUAUUAGAAAAACAACAACACAAUUAUGCAGCAACUCCAUUAUGGAGCAUUCAAGCAAUUAUUUUAUUAACCUUCGUUGGCAUUUUUAGUAAUGAUAUUAAUGUGACUAGAAGUAUGAAAAUUCAGUUAGCUACUAUAGCGGAGCUGAUUAAAGCAACAAGGUUGAACAAACCAUUAGAAUAUUUGGUAAAACCUCCAAUUGACAGCGACCGCUCCUUACCAUGCUUAGGUAAUCCAAAAGCACUACAAGAAUUAAGGGAUCACUAUCAUUCAAAAGAUCAGCUGGAAAAAUCAUUUCAAUAUUUUAUCGAAGCCCAAACAAGAAUUAGAACAUGCCAUGUUGCUCUAAUCCUUUCAAACUUUUUUACUUCAUUGACAGGAUUGGAAGGAAUUUUUCAUUCUAUUGAUCUGAAGUGUGGGUUACCGUGCUAUAAAGAAAUAUUAUUUCAUUCUCCAAAUUAUCGAGUCUGGACACAAAAUUUGGAUAAAUUUCAUAUUGAAUUAGAUUCUAAAUUUUCAUUAAUUGAGUUAUCUAAUGGUAAUGGGACUUAUGAGAGCUGUCUAAUGUAUCUGUGUAGUGGAGCUGAAUUUUAUUCGAUGAAUUCCAAGAUAUCUUUCAAAACGCUACUUUCAUUACUUAUUUCUAUUCAUGAAAAGAUAUCUAUUGAGAGAACUGUUUAUCGAGAAAUUAUCAAAGGUAAUCAACAUUCAACUGAACAUGAUUCACUAUUCAGGUGGAAAAAUAAUUCUAAUCCAAUCAUUUCAUCCAUGCUAGCUCGUUGGGAAAAUUUAUACAUGAAAGCUGGUGGUAUAUUCAAGCCUAGUCGUGAUAAUAUUGAAACAAUCAAUGCAUUUCCUUCAUUAAGAUUAAUUGUUCCACUCUAUCAUUUCGCAAAAAUGCGCCAAAAUAUUUAUAUUGGACCAAUAAUGAAGCAAAUAUGGAGACAGGAUUGGGAUGGUAUGAAUGCACGAAUGUCUGAGUUAUGUUUAGAAUGGGGCAUGUUGCGUGAUGCUUGUGAGCAUGCAUUUUACAUUAUAGAAUUCUGGAUAGAUAUAGUUUCCAUUUUGGAAUUUGACCCAAAACAAGUUACUAUCUCUACUCCAGUGUUUUCUAUCAGUUGCAUGGUGUCCUCUGUAUUAAUUUUAUCAGAAUAUUUAUGGGUGAUGGAAUCAAAAUCUCAAGUUAAUAAAGAUGGUAUUAUAUCUGGUACCUUAGAUGUUACAGAUAAACUUUUAUGGAUCAAAUUAUAUCAUUUAAUGGAACGUAUUGAUGAUCAUUUAAAACAUAAAGGUGUUCAGCUAUUUAGUCACUUGAAUUUAAGAAAUGUGGAUAUUGAAAAUGUUCCAAUGGCAGAAAUAAGAAAAAUGAUAGGUACUGCAAGUCUAUCACAGACUAUAUUACAGAUUGGUAUUGAUAUGUUGGGCACUUGUCCGGUAUGGUCUGUAGGUGUUUUAUUUGCGCAAGCAUUACAAAUUCGUUCCUUCCUUUUAAAAAAAAGAAUAUCUUGA